AUGGCCAAGCUGAAAGCGGCGGAGGCGGAAAAGGAGCGAUUGAAGAGCGAGCUCGAACGCGCGACGGGCUCGAGCGCGACGGUGGGGUCGGCGGCGGAGCUCGCGGGGAAGAAGAAACCGCGCGUGGACGGCGUCGGGAAGCGGGAACAAAUCUUCGGGAAGACCACGGCCGGUGACGCGUGGUUGCGAGACGGGAUGGAAUUUUUGGUUCGUGAUCAACCGAGUGAGGCCGGCGUGGCGGCGGUCGGGAUGACGAAGGACGAAAAGGACACGGUGAACAGACGGCUGGCGAUCGGUUUGGCGCUCACAGGCGCGUUCGCGGCAUUCAGUCAGAUUUCGAUCGAGGCGCCGGAGCCGGCGAAACCGCUCUUCUUUUAUCUCGUUCCUAUCGUUCGAAGUCGUGAGUUACUGCGACGGGCUGCGAAGUCAGCGGAUGAGGGGGAGUGGGACGACUUAAGCUCGACGGUCAGUCGCGUCAAGGGACCGCCUAACGACGUAAAGGAAAACCUGUUUAAAGCGGCGGCGUACCUGAGUGGAAGCCGUGAACAAAAAGCUCGCGAGAUCGCGUUCGACUUUUUGGAGUACCUAGAAAAGGUGGACUACUCCAAGUACUUUGAGAACAUGGGCGCAGUGAGCGGCUCCAAGGCGGCGGAGUACGCUGUGUUCAGCGCCAAGGCAAGCAGGAGCUCCGUCGCAAAGCUCGAUGAAUUUUUGGCGCUCAUGGAUCGCGAAGCCGUGGAUGCCGCUGAAUCCCAAGUCGCUGCCUUUGCUGCUCCGGAAGAAAGUCCGUCUUUCGUCGAGAAGAUUGAGGAAGCUGAAGAAGCCGUUCGCGAAGAGCGCGUCGAUGAACUCUUUUAG